CAGCCACCGUGACGAGGCAGGCGAUUGACUCGGUGUCAUUCACGACCUUGGAGUGGACGGAGUGCGGAUAGUGCACUUGUCUCAUACACCGCAAAACUCUUGUCAUGCAACUGGCAACGGGCCUGGCCCUCUUUUUUUUUCUCUCACGCCCUGACAUUUUUGUUGUUGGGUUCGUGGAUCUCCGCAGAACACUUCAUUCGACUUGACGUGCCUCAAAUCCUCAUGCACACGGUACGUGACCGCGCCCUGUGAAUCUCUCGACCGUCUACCACACUCUCCUUCAACCUCCUCCCUCGCCCUCUCUCCCCGUUCUUCUCGCAUGACCAAACUCUUUCUUUCCUUACACCAUGGCUAUCUCCGACAAACCAUCUGUCCCUCCUGUGGUCGUGUCUCAACAUGACUCGCAAUCUCAGUCACAGCGUACCCCCAGCUCCAUACCUUCCGAGAAGGAGUUCUACUCAGGUUCCUCCGCCGACCGAUCUCCUUCGUCGUCCGACUCCGACCAUGACGAACGAGCACUCACCCUGACCGCCACCCAGACAUCGCGUCGUUCGCAGUCCCAGUCUCUCGCCCGCACCGUCUCGAGAAUAACGACCCGUGGAACCGCAUACACCUCCGACCCGCGGUAUGAGGUCGACUUCGCCCCCAAUGACCCGGAUGAUCCCCGUAACUGGCCACUGUGGUACAAGUCAAUGGGCCUGUUUGCUUUGUCGUUCGGCACGCUGGGCGUAGUCAUGUACUCGACGUCCUACACGUCCGGCAUGCCGCAGAUGAUGGUCGAGUUUGGUGUCGAAUCAGAAACCGUCGCGACCCUGGGCGUCACAUUAUAUCUCCUCGGCCUGGCCAUUGGUUGCUUGAUCGUGGCUCCCAUCGCAGAGACCUAUGGCCGGAAACCCGUGUACACCAUAUGUACGGCCAUGUUCACGAUCCUGGUCAUCCCGGCGGCACUGUCGCAGGAUAUCACGAGCAUCAUCGUCGCGCGGUUCUUCGGCGCCAUUUUCGCAAGUGCGUUGAUCGCCAACGCGCCCGGCUCGAUCGCCGACCUCAUCAACGACGAGUGGCGGAGUACGGCCUUUUCGAUCUGGAGUAUCGGUCCGAUGAAUGGCCCUGUGGUCGGCCCUACGAUUGGCGGGUUCGUCACGCAAUCGCUCGGUUGGCGGUGGACGAAUUGGAUCGCCAUGAUCUGGGUCGGUGUGGCGUUUGUGUUUUUGUCCAUGUUCAAAGAAACCUACGUGCCGGUGCUCUUGCAACGCAAAGCCAAGAAACUUCGACGCGAAGAGGAAGACGACCGAUACUGGAGUCGCUAUGACGUACGCGUGGGCUUCGUCGAGUUGAUGAAGAUCAAUCUGAGCCGACCUUUCAUCAUGGCGAUUAAGGAGCCCAUUUGCAUCUUCUGGAACGUGUACAUCUCCCUUGUCUACGGAAUCUUGUAUCUCUGUUUCGUGGCAUAUCCCAUCGUCUUCACCGAGGAACGUGGCUGGUCCGUUGGUUUCAGCGGACUUUCCUUCAUAGGUAUUGGCAUCGGCACCAUGUUGAUCAUUGGCUGUGCAUCGCCAAUCCGGAAAAUGAUCAACUCGCACAAGCGCGACCAGGACGGCAAUGUCCCGCCCGAGGCGAUGCUGAGUAUCGUCUGUGUGGCGGCUAUCCUCAUCCCCGUGGGCGAAUUGUGGUUCGCCUGGACCUGUUACCCGACCAGCAUCCACUGGGCCUUGCCGAUUGCCGCCGGUAUACCCUUUGGGUUCGGAAACGGUGCUGUGUUCAUCUACUCGGGAAACUAUUUGGCGUACAGUUACGGAAUCUACGCCGCGAGCGCCAUGGCCGGAAACGCCGUGAUGAGAUCGAUCAUGGGUGGUGCCCUUCCACUGGCCGGGCCGCCUUUGUAUCGCGCCCUCGGGCCGAAUUGGGCUGGGACGUUGCUGGGAUUGUUGGAGGUCUUGAUCAUUCCGAUUCCGUUCUUGUUCUACCGAUACGGUGGCAAGAUCCGUGAACGGUCCAGCAUGAUCCGGGAGAUGCGUGAGAACGAGGAGCGGCAAGAACGAAAGAAGAAAAAGGCCGAAGAAAGGUUACGAUUGGCCAUGCAAGGCGGCGACGAGGAAGAAAAGCAAGACGCUCAAGUCAACCUGUGUCGCGUCAGGAGUCGCAUGGACGAGGACGCUGACAUUGAGGGUUUGGGACUGGAGAGGUUGAAUACGAUUCAAGGUUUCACCCGGGAGAACUUGGAGGACCAGUUUCAACAGAAGCAGGUCAUACGAGAACGAUCUCGAGAAAGAUCAAGGAUGAGAGAGGAAGAAAGACUCGAAGAGGGUGGCAGGGUGAAGUCGUGAGGUGUACGAUGGUUUCCAUUCAGUUCGCGGAUCAAGACGGUUGAGACGACGGAUAGAAGGGGAGUUUUGGAGUUACACCACGAGGGACGGAGGAUAAAUGAUGUGGAACUGGACAGGGAGACCACGAAAGUCACGACAUGGAAACACGAACGCAUUUUUGAAUACUCUCUUUUGAUUUUGUCGGUUCUAGCGAGCGUCAGCAUGGCGUUUUUGGGCAAAGGUUUCCAAGGUGGGAGACCCAAAGAUGUGGCCUUUUUUAAAUCAUCAGAAUACAAAGCAAUAAUAAAGAGCAUGGAUUCGGUGGGAGAUUUGCAAGAACACAUUGCACGUGAGAAGUACGAUUCAAGACGACGACGGUUUUGGGAUAUAUGGUGGAGGACUUGAGACGAAAGUUGUAGAGGAGUAUGAGACCGAGUCAGAACAGAAAAUAAUAUAAUUACCUUGCUGUAAA